GGCUACAGCGGCGCGUGGGUUCGCUUGGGUGACACAAUUAUAACAACUUUAUCUUCGCGGAAGAAACGCGUUUUUACUGUCAAAUUCCCACAUUUUGGAUAUCAUACGCAGUUAUUCGCAUUCAAACGGCGGCACGGUACCACUUUGUGGAGAAAAAUGUGACGUUUGAGGAGCUACCCGGAGAGCGCUUCAGUUCCCCCCCUCCUCCCCCGAAAGGAUUUACUAUAUCGAAUCACAUCUUUUUCAUCCUGGGGAAAAAGUUUUUGCUCUUUUUGUUUCCUUCAGUUCUCCUUCUUUGAUCGAGCAAACCGUUCGUCCCCGCGUCGCGCUUUUCCAUGCAAUCGUGCGGUGUGUCGCUCGCCGCUGCUGCCUGCGCUGCCGCUCGGAGUCUCGGCUCGGCUUCUUCCAGCAGUGGUGAUGAGGGAAAGAAAAUGGCGGCGGGAAAAGCGAGUGAAACAGAGGAGGACUUUCCGACACUGACAGCCCAGGAGAGGGACGCUCUGGCCGGGAUCGACAGCUCACUGUUUGGAUUUCAGAAGCUUCAUGAAGAUGGCGCCAGAACGAAGGCCCUGCUGAUGAAGGCCGUCCGCUGCUACGAUUCGCUCAUCCUGAAGGCCGAGGGCAAAGUGGAGCCCGAGUUAUUCUGCCAGCUCGGCCACUUCAACCUCCUCCUGGAGGAUUAUCCGAAAGCAUUAUCAGCAUACCAGAGGUACUACAGUUUACAGUCAGACUACUGGAAGAAUGCUGCCUUUCUGUACGGCCUCGGAAUGGUCUACUUCCACUAUAAUGCCUUUCAGUGGGCGAUCAAAGCAUUCCAGGAGGUGCUGUACAUCGACCCGGGCUUCUCCCGGGCCAAAGAGAUCCACCUCCGCCUGGGUCUCAUGUUCAAGGUCAACACAGACUACGAGUCGAGCCUAAAGCAUUUUCAGCUGGCUUUGAUUGACUCCAACCCCUGCACUUUGUCCAAAGCUGAAAUUCAGUUCCACAUCGCUCAUUUAUAUGAGAUACAGAAGAGAUACCGGGCUUCCAAGGAGGCCUACGAGAGCCUCCUGCAGACGGAGGAUCUCCCUGCACAGGUGAAGGCCACGACCCUGCAGCAGCUCGGCUGGAUGCAUCACACGGUGGAGCAGCUCGGGGACAGAGCCAGCCGGGACAGCUAUGCCAUCCAGUGUCUGCAGAAGUCUCUGGAGGCCGACCCCAACUCCGGGCAGUCCUGGUACUUCCUGGGCAGGUGCUACUCGAGUAUCGGGAAGGUCCAGGACGCAUUCAUCUCUUACCGGCAAUCCAUAGACAAAUCAGAGGCCAGCGCGGACACCUGGUGCUCGAUAGGGGUCCUGUACCAGCAGCAGAACCAGCCCAUGGACGCCCUGCAGGCCUACAUCUGCGCCGUGCAGCUGGACCACAGCCACGCCGCCGCCUGGAUGGACCUGGGCACGCUGUACGAGUCGUGCAACCAGCCGCACGACGCCAUCAAGUGCUACAUCAACGCCACGCGCAGCAAGGGCUGCACCAACACCGCCGCGCUCACCCACCGCAUCAAAUGCCUGCAGGCUCAGUUGAGUAACCCCCAGCUCAGUAGCCUACAGGCUAAAAGUAAAAUGCUCCCUCUUAUUGAGGAGGCCUGGAGUCUGCCAAUCCCAGCUGAGCUAACCUCCAGGCAGGGAGGCCUGAGCAGUGCACCACAGCAGGCCUGCAAGCCCAACCACAGCGCCGACGGCGGCGGCGGCGGCUCGGGUCCGUCCCUGCCGCCUCACGUGGGCUCCCUGGGCCAGGCGGAGGACCAGUCCUGCCCGGCCAAGAGGAAGAGAGCGUCCAGCCCCGGCAAGGCCGACUCCUGGAUCGGCAGCCCGACGCAGCAGCCGGUCCCCAGCUGGUAUCUCUCCCCGCAGAAACUACAGAUGCUGGAACAGCUGCGGAGCAACCGGGCCAGCCUGAAGCCCCCGCAGCUCCAGAUGCUGGAGCAGCUGGAGGCUCAGCUCGCCAUCAUGCAGCAGCAUCAGCACCAGAUGAGACAGAACGCCUCAGGAGGAGCUCACCCGCGCCCCUCGCUCCCCAACGGCCCCACCGCCAACUCCCUCCCCUCCCCCAACCCCGGCCUCCACCCCACGCGCCCCCACCUGCCCCCGCACCGGCCCCCGUGCCCGCCGCAGCCGCUGGCCAACGGGCCGGUGGGACACUCGGACUCGCUGCCGAGCGCCAACAGUAGUAGUAGUAGUAAUAAUCAGCCAGGGCCCACGGCUGCGGGGCCCAACGGAGACGUGCCUUACCUGCAAGCUGCCGGCAGCGGCAACGCAGCCCCGCUACCUCACACCUGCACAAGCACGCUAACGCAGGACGCUGCGCCGCACCAGGCCCUGCACCUAAACUCCUCUCAGGGGCUUCAGAAGGGGUCUGCUCCCCAUUUGGCAGGCUCCGGCACUGAGGGGACCCCCUCCCACCCCCAGACCCCCAACUCCACCACCCCCCUGCACCCCAACAAUCAGGUUGGACAUUCCACUAAUGCCCCGUCGCCACGGCCGCAGCCUCAUAACCACCACCUCCCGUCCCCUCCCUUCCUCCCCCACUCCUCUACCUCAGGUGGAGCCGGACCCGCCGCGUCCGCUACCAAAGAAGGCAACGCCGUGGCCGCGCACGCCACGGCCGUUGCCGCGUCCCUCGGCAACGGGGGGGCCGAGGGCAAGGCGCCGUCGCCGCCGCCGCCGGCCGAGUGCAAGGCGGCGCCGGCCGACGGCCUGGCCAAUCAUGUGGCGGAAGGCGGCGAGAAGCCAAGCCUUAGCGCAGACAAUCCGAGGCUCUCCGCCCUGCUGGCGGGGGGGAAGGGCCCCGAGGAGAGCGAGGCACCCUCAGAAGGGGCCCACAAGGUCAACAACAUCCACCCGGCCGUCCUGCCCCCCACCCCCCACGCACAGGGCAGCUCGGCCGCCUCCUCGCCCAUCUCCGCCAUGUCCACCGCCACGCCCUCCCCCAAAUCUAACGAACACACCCACCCGGGCGCCCAGAGCCCCGCCCCCAAUAGCACCCCCACCACCUCCAACGCCCCCUCCACCCCCACGGCCCCCGCCAUCGUCCCCACCGCCUCCGCGUCGUCCGCCCCCGCCGUCAACGGCAAGGGGGGAAUUUCUGAGGACUCUCAGAGCCCGCUGAAGGCGGAGCCGCCGCCCGUCGUCGGCAGCCUCAAGGCCACGCCCCCGCACGGAUCCUCGUCCUCCUCCUCGUCUUCGUCCUCCAUAUCCAUCUACCCGAGCUCCACAGACGUGCUGAAGGCCUGCAGAAACCUGGGCAAGAACGGCCUCUCCAACAGCAGCAUCCUCCUGGACAAGUGCCCCCCGCCGCGGCUGCCCCCGCCCCCGUCGCCAGCCCUGCCCAAAGACAAGCUCAACCCGCCCACGCCCAGCAUCUACCUGGAGAACAAGAGAGACGCUUUCUUCCCUCCACUGCACCAGUUCUGCACAAACCCCUCCAACCCCGUGACGGUCAUCCGGGGCCUGGCCGGAGCGCUCAAACUGGACCUGGGCCUGUUCUCCACCAAGACGCUGGUGGAGGCCAACCCCGAGCACCUGGUGGAGGUGUGGACCCAGCUGUCGCAGCCCGCCGACGAGAACUGGGACCCCACCGGCACCAAGAAGAUGUGGCGCUGCGAGAGCGCCCGCGCGCACACCACCAUCGCCAAGUACGCCCAGUACCAGGCGGCGUCCUUCCAGGAGUCGCUGCGGGAGGAGAAUGAGAAGAAGGCGCUGAAGGAGCCGUCGGACGCAGAGCCGGCGUCGGCAGAAAGCGCCGCCAGGAAGAGACGCGGACCCUUGAAGCACAUCAAGUUUGGGACAAACAUUGACGUGUCGGACGAGAAGAAGUGGAAGCAGCAGCUGCAGGAGCUCAGCAAGCUGCCGGCCUUCGCCCGGGUGGUGUCGGCCGGGAACCUGCUGAGCCACGUGGGCCACACCAUCCUGGGCAUGAACACGGUGCAGCUCUACAUGAAGGUCCCGGGCAGCAGGAUCCCGGGUCACCAGGAACACAACAACUUCUGCGCCGUCAACAUCAACAUCGGGCCGGGGGACUGCGAGUGGUUCGCCGUGCCGGAGCCGUACUGGGGCGUGAUGAGCAACUUCUGCGAGAAGAACAACAUCAACUUCCUGAUGGGCUCCUGGUGGCCCAACCUGGAGGACCUGUACGAGGCCGACGUGCCCGUUUACCGCUUCAUCCAGCGGCCCGGCGACCUGGUGUGGCUCAACACGGGCACCGUGCACUGGGUGCAGGCCAUCGGCUGGUGCAACAACAUCGCCUGGAACGUGGGGCCGCUCACCGCCCACCAGUACAAGCUGGCCGUGGAGCGCUACGAGUGGAACAAGCUGCAGAGCGUCAAGUCCAUGGUUCCCAUGGUGCACCUCUCCUGGAACAUGGCGCGCAACAUCAAAGUGUCGGACCACAAGUUGUUCGAGAUGAUCAAGUACUGCCUGCUCCGGACCCUCAAGCAGUGCCAGUGGGUGAAGGAGGCGCUGACGUCCGCCGGCAAGGACACGGUGCUGCGGCCGCGGACCCGCGACGAGCCGGCGCACUACUGCACCAUCUGCGAGGUGGAGGUGUUCAACCUGCUGUUCGUGCGCCGGGAGCUGCUGUCCAAGAAGCAGCUGGUGGUCCACUGCCAGGACUGCGCCCGCAAGGGCAGCGCCGCGCUGGACGACUUCGUGGUGCUGGAGCAGCACUGCAUGGAGGACCUGAUGCAGGUCUACGACCAGUUCACAUUAGCCCCCCCUCUUCACUCGUCCUCGUCUUGACAUUAGGCGUCUCUGUCCAGGAACUUUGUCUUGAGGACACACACACACACACACACACACACACACACACACACACGGACCAUUUCUGAUAUUCAGGAAAAGCCGAGGCCGCCCCCACCCCACCCCGCCCCUCCCCUCAUCCCUCCACCCUCCCGUAUGGCUGGUCUCCAUGGCGACGGCUGGAGGCAGCGAGGCGGCCGAGCGUCUUGUCUAUGCAACCCUGUUUUGAGAAGCGGCGGUGGGCGGAGCCUCCACCAGGGGGCGCCACCCUCAGCUCGACAGCAGGACCCCCCCCCCCCCCACCCUCAACACCCUUUCUCUCUCUCUGAGGACUCAAUCACCCCGGGGGAGGAGCCUCUCUCACCUUUUGUAGAUACUUGUUAACUGUCACAAACUGGCAACACCACCUGUUAAAAAGACUACUGACUUAACCCCCCCCCCCCCCACCCUGCCCCCCCCCACACGUUUUGAUUUCUAGAUUCCUCCUUUUCUAUGUUAGAUAGUCAUUUUAAGACAGCAAACCCCCCCUAAAAGAAUUUGUAAUGUGAAGAGUUUAGGUGAUUUUCUUUCACUUCUUCUUUUUUUUUUUUUUUUUUACAGCUUUUUGUUUCGUCUUUUUUUGUUUGUUUCUUAGGUAAAAAAACGAAAAACAAAAAAAAAAACAAAAAAACAAAAAAUAAACUCUUACUAGCCAAGUCACAAAGAAAAUGGGUUGCACAUAGACUUAUGGAAUUAAGUUUAAUUUGUGAUUUUUUUUUUUUCUCGUUUCUAAUCUCGAUGUAAAUUUACACUAUUUAUAAAUACAUAUUUAUUGCUUGAAAAUAUUUGUUGAUGGAAUGCUGUUAUUUUUUUCCAGAGUACCUGCCAUUAAAUUUGAAGGAGCCCUGUCAUUUUAACACGGCUCCUCCUACAUUUUCUAUAUAUAAAUAAGCAUUGUACAGAAAAACGGGACAUUUUAAAAAACCAACAAAAAAAAUCGUUUUAUUGUUUGAAGAAUGUUUUAUGAUGAGUCAAUAAACACAAGAGUUGUGGAAUGGAG